AUGUCUUAAGAAAUAUAAUUUGAUUAUAUUUACGAAGAAACUGAUUUAUCAUAUUUAAAAUAACCAAAUGAAGUCUAUUAAAUAAAGCAUUCUGAUUAUUAUGUUUAUCAUACUGAUGGUAAAAGUCAUUUUCGUAGAAUAUUUUAUGGUGUAUAAUUUUCAGAAUUCGAAUAUAAUAAAAUGAAAGAAUUGCAAGAAGAAAUAAAAAAUUAAAAUAUAAAAUUAACAGAUGAUUGGGAUGAUAUAAUGACAUUAAAAUAUUGUUAUUCAGGAGGAUUUGAAGUUAAAAAAUCUAUAGAAAAUUUAAAAUAGCAUUUAGAAUGGAAGAAAAAUCCAAAAUACCAAAAUUUAAAUAUUUAAGCAUUAAAAAUACUAGAAAAAGGUAUUUUUUAUCAUUUAGGAAGAGAUAAAUAAUUUAGACCAAUAAUUGUUUUAAAUUUAUAUAUGGUUAAUCCUUAAUAAGUACUUUUUAUUUCAUAAAAAAAUUAAAAUAAUCAAAUUAAAAAGAUUAAUUUAGAGGUUUAUUUAUCGGCAAUAUGUAAUCUUUUAUUAAGAGUUGCAAAAGUAGAAUUUGUAAAAGGAUACGUCGAAAGUUGGACAGUAAUAUUAGAGACAAACGGAAAAGGAAUAGUAGAUUUAGAAUUAGGAACUAUAAGUAAAAUCGUAUAAAUAAUGGCUAAAAAUUUUACUUCUACACUUGAAAAAAUGUUUAUUAUGAAUCCUUCUUUUAUUUUUUCUAAUUUUUGGCCUGUUAUCAGAAGUUCUAUUAAAUAAUUAUUUUAUUAAUUAUAAAAAAAAAAAAAAAUAGAAAUUAUUCAUCCUGAAACUGCUGCAAAAAUACAUUUAUUUAAAAAAAAUGAAUUCAAUAAACUUUUAUAAUUUAUUAAUCCAGAUCAAUUAGAAGAAAAAUAUGGAGGAACAAUAAAAAACAUUGAAAAAUAUUGGUUAUUUCUAUUUUAUAAAUAUAAACAUAAAAAUAAUGAAUAAAUAAAAAAAAAAGGGCCGCCAAUAAAUACUUUUAAUAAUAGAAAAAUGACAGGAUAAUAGACAGAAAGCAAUAAUACUAGUUUUUGUUCUAUAGAAAACAACUCUUAAAAGUUUUUUGAUAAAGAUAAUUAAAAUUAUAGUAAUGUGGAUGAAAAUACAGAUUUAAAAUCAAUGAAUUCAGCAAAUAAAGGGAAUUAAAUUUCUUAUUCUAAACCAGUUUAAUAGGCAUGCUGUUAGAAAUGUAAUAUAUAUUGA